AACAAAUAGGUCUCUCUCCGUUCUGUCUUCCGAAAAACUAAGCUCAGCUGUAAUAAACAGAAAGGGGGGAGAUUUAAUGGAGAACCCAUACUCAGGAGGAAAUUGGGUUUCUCUCCCAAAUCCGCAAUCUAACAAUCUUACACCAACUUCUUCAAAUCAAGAACGUUUCCUCCUUCAACAGCAACAACAGCAGCAGCAACAACAACUUCUUACCCUUCAACAACAACAGCAACAGCAACUCCUUCAACAACAAUUACAGCAGCAGCAGCAACAACAACAGCAACAGCAGCAACAACAACAGCAAUUACAGCAACAAAGACUCAUUCUUUCACCGCAGCAGCAACAACAGCAACAACAACAGCAAAAUCAGCAUCACCAAUCUUUAGCUUCUCAUUUCCAUCUCUUACAUUUGGUGGAGAAUUUAUCUGAUGCAAUUGAGAAUGGAACUCGUGAUCAACAUUCUGAUUUGUUGGUUACUGAAUUGACUAGCAAUUUCGAGAAAUGUCAACAGCUGUUGAACUCUAUAGCCGGAUCGAUUAACACGAAGGCUGUGACUGUUGAGGGCCAAAGGCGAAAGCUUGAGGAGGCCGAGCAUCUACUGAAUCAACGGAGGGAUGUGAUUGGCAAAUUUAAAAGUUCUGUUGGGGGGCUGAUUUAAUUUGAUUGAUAGGCGAUAACGUGUCAUCUUUCCAGAAAUGGUACGACCCGUUCUUCAAUGGUGGCAUGGACUUUGGACUGUCGUUGAUACUGCAAAAUGUGGCUGUUUAAACUUAUUUGAUGGUUCUCCUAUAAUAUUUAAUCUUUUAUGUGAUCCUUAGUUUUUUUUGGUAACACCAGUUAAAGGUAUUUCACUACUUGUAUUUUGUUCAGUUAAAGGUAAUUAACGCCACAUAAUACUGAACACUUGCGAAUACUGAAUUCAAGAAUGAAUUUAGAAAAAAAAUCAUGUUAUGCCAAAUGGAUUGAAUGUAGGUUCUUUGUUGAUUUGAAAGGUAUAUAUAUCCGAAUUUAAAGGUGGGUUGACCUUUGGAGAGUUUUUUUUGUUGUGUUUA